AUGUCCUCGCCAGCGUCCUCUCCCUCUUCCUCGCCUACACCUGAGCCAGUACCCAAGCAAACGACCAAAAAAUCCAAAGACAAGGGGAAGACCAAGGCCCAAGUCGACGACCACGGGAAGAAUGAGGGCACCGACCCGAAUUGGGCAUACCAACCGCCAGAGGGAGUUGUCCUACAGGAGAAUGCAGACAGCGGGGAAUUUGAUUGGGACUCAUUGAACGAUGACGAGGAGCUGGAAUUGUGGCUUAUACGCGUCCCAGAGAAUAUGAAGAUCAAAUAUCUAGAAAACGUUACCAUUGAAAUGCCGCAAGGCUCUUCGAGCGCGAAUAUAGGGAAAAUCUCCCGGAAAUCGCAUUCUUACGACGUUUGGAACGUUGGCAACGAUGGCGGACCAUUUGGCGGGGAUGAAGUUGGUGACCUGGAAUGUCUUCUUCCUCGGAAAAGCAAAAAGGAUGAUAUGUAUCUCGCUCCCCGGUCCAUAGCGCGACGUUUGGUGAUCUCAGAAACAGCUGUAGUCCCUACGACAGCAGAAAACCAGGCGGACGAACCAUACAUAAACCCUCCUCGCCCAUCGUACCCGAAGGAACUACUAAAACACUCCUUCAAACCAUAUGGUUCUAAC